AUGAGUCAACUACUCGAGAAAGUAUUUCAAGUGAAUGUUUAUCUUCAACCAAUGCAAUUCUGUCUUUCGGUCAUUGCAAAUACACUUAAUAUAAGUGUAUUAAGUUCUCGUGCACUUCGUUCAUCACCAUGUACACACUACUUCAUUGCGUAUGCCGUUUUUAGUAUUAUGUAUACUUUUUUGGUAUGCCCACUAAAUUUUGCGCGUGGCUUUUCCACCGAUUGGACAAAUACUCCAAUCGGAUGUAAAAUGCAUACGUAUUUUGUAUUCUUAACACCACUUUUAGCACGAAUCAUGCUUGUAUUAGCUUCAUUUGAUCGUUAUUGUUCAAGUUCCCGAUCACAUCGACUUCGUUCCACAAGUACAGUACGAAGAGGAAGAUUAUUUAUUGUUAUUGGUACAAUAUUAUGCAUAAUCUAUGUGUUACCAAUGUUGACUAUGUACUAUUCGAAAGAACCGUUCGGCCCAUGUUUACAAUACUCAAAUCUUCUGAUCAACAUUUAUGUAUUCAGUCAAAUUGUUCUUUAUUAUAUUUCAUCACCUCUUUUAAUGAUUAUAUUUGGUCUGCUGACUAUAUCUACUACUCGAGAGCAUGUCGCUCGUAUAGGACCUCAAUCAAAUGUAGUACGUGGCCGUCGAACCGAAAAACAAUUAAAUCAAAUGUUGCUUCUGCAAGUGAGUGUUCAUCUGGUUCUUACCGUCCCAUUUGGUGUCAUUUACAGUAUGAACGCAUUGGAUCCAUCAACAAAAACACCUUAUAAUAGAGCGAUACGGAAUAUAUUAUUCAUGUGGCAACAAUGUGAUUAUUUUGUUUCAUUUUUUCUUUAUGUUCUUUCUGGGAGUGCUUAUCGCAAACAACUUGCUCAUAUAUUAAAAUUUAUCAAACAUUCAAAUCAAUCAAUACAUCAGUCCACAAAUCAACGAAUUAGAAGAACAAACACAUAUCCUACCGUUGUCAAUACUUUAUCCGUCAUGACUAGAAAAUAG